GGUUAGGAAUUGUGUGAUGCCAUGCUCCUGCAGCUUCCGCAAAGUGAUGGAGCGGACGAUGUUGUGACCGAAGUUCCUGAGGGGUCCUGGCACGUGCGCAAAUGGCGAACUUUUUUUCUUGGCCUUGGAAGUGUGACCCUCCUGACACUCAUGACCUUGUACGUGAACAACGCGGAGGACAUGGUCAGGAGGGUAGAUCUUGACCCCGUGAAUGAAUGGGAGGAGAUACCUGGAAUCCACGGUAUCAUCGACCGAGCUCAGCGUUUAGAACAACCCAAGCGAGAGCUUAGUGAUCUUUUCUAUGGCGGUUCGCCUUCUGAAAUGCCGUGGUUACGGACGGAGUGUGUGAUUGAUGUGGUCCAAGCAACCUCCUACCUCGGAACGGCUGUGGUGUUUCUGUACAAGGCCAUCAAAUACGAUGGCCUUCAAUGCCCGGACAAUUCGCCUGUGGGCUGUGCCAUCAGUGUCUCUGGCUUCAUCGCUUCCAUGUUCUGGUUGGCCUCCUACCUCAGCCUGGAGGCCUCCAGUUGUGCGGAGGCCAUGAACUCGAACGCCCUUUGCGGUGCGGACUGGAUGGCACUCACCGCGGAUUUCGCGGAGGUGGCCAACGCGGGUGCUGGGAUUCGGCAGAAUUGCCACUUUCACAACCGCUGGCUCAACUUCACUGGAAAUGUUCCAGGUUGGCAAGCCUUUGUUAUUCCGGGUGCCCCUCCGACAGGGCAGGCCGUAGAUAAGAUCAAGUUUAUACGAGAGGCACGAAGAAAUCGAAAUUUCGAUAUUUCACAGUGUGUCUUUGACACCACAAACGCUGCAUCUUUUGUUGUCCGAUCCAUCCUGCAACUUCGCAGUGCUGCCAGAGCAUGCAUUAAUCCAAGGAACUGUGCCAUUGACAUAAUGGACGUGAUCUCUUCCUUUGGAUGGAUUUCACGUUUUCUGUCGAUGGCUGCUUCGGACUGUGUGAAGCGUGGAAACCAGAAGGCACUUUGCUCUGCGGACAUUUCUAACUUGGUGGCUGCGCUGAGCAAUGGCCCUGCGUCCGGCAUGUCCACAAUUUCGGAUUGCGAUCGACCACUCAACCCAUUGAAUGAGAUCAUGCAUGAGCCCACUGCCUAAUCAGGAUUUUUCUUGGAUGGCUGCGAAGAAAGCCCUCCUGAGACCCGUUCCACUUGCGGUGCUGUGGCAAUGUCCUGCGGCACCUGAGUGAUUUGGGAAUCUGAUCAUAUCCAGCUGCCCACAUAUUUGAAACAAGGGGGAUCAGCCAAACAAAGGUAGC